AUGGAGUCGUCAGCAACUGAUUGCGGCGAUGCGCCUGGAACUAGCGAUAGCUAUAGCCUGCACGUAUUGCGCAUGAGCAUCCAAGGCUUCAAGAGUUACAAGCAGAAGGUUGAGAUUGGCCCGUUGAGCGACUUCACGUGCAUCAUCGGCUGCAAUGGCUCGGGGAAAUCGGUGGUGGGAGAAGCGCUCGCUUUCGCGCUCGGCGCGUCCACUCGCAGCAUGCGCGAGUCGCACGCAGGGGAUCUGAUUAACCAGGCGACGAAGCGCAAAGACAGAAGCAAGGCCACGGCUAAGCCAGCAGCGGUUGUGACAGGAAAGGAUGAGAAGAUACCAGGAUUGGAGCAGAUAAAAAGAGAGUCCAAUGCCGAAAAUGAAACCGGGGCGCAUGUUUCAGGCGAAGAGGUCAGUGACGUGGCGGAAAGCAAAGGCGAAGAUGGCGAUACAGCGUGUGGUGGGGAAAGGAAAGGCGAAGAGGAGGGUAGCAUGGCUGUGGGUGGCUGCGAGCAAGAGCACGGGAACAGCGACGACAAUGGAAGCCAAGGCUCUGCUGCAGUUUCUUUUCCGAGCACCUCUGAGGUGAAGGUGACGCGGCGAGUGUGUGCAACAGGCAGCAGCGUUUACUCCAUCAAACGGGACGGCGUAAAGAGGACUGUGAAUGCGAAUAAUCUGAGGAGUGAGCUGCUGCAACUGGGCAUUCGCACGGAGUGCAUUGACAGGUUCAUUGUGAUGCAGCAGCAGCAGGCAGUGAGAGUCCAGACGCCCACUCAACUCGUCAAGGUACCCUUCCAUCCUGCUCUCUGGCUGCUGCUUUCAACGAUUGCCAACACAUGCAACAACACACAUUAUGUGGAGCGGCUGGUGGGCACGGCGCACCUGGAGGAGGCGAUAGAGGCGGUGGGCGUGGAGCUGCAGCGCGUGGAGGCAGCACGUGAGGCCGUGCGGUUCCAGUGCGACUGGCAAGAAUUCCAGAAGCGCAAGAGAAUGGCUCUAGCAAGUCACCUGCGAGGGCUGAGGAGGAGCAAGGAGGCGGCACAGCAGCGCAUGAAUGGCCUGGAGCGCCAGAUGCAGUCCGUGCAGAGCCACAGCAAGGUGCGGGUGAAGGAGGCGAGGCGGCAGCGCACUCAGGCUGAGGCAGCACAGAGGCGCGCGGCGAAAGCUGCUGCAGGUCGCAGGGCGAAGCUGGAGGGGGAGAGGGCGCGGCUGGAGGAGAGCUUGGCGCGCAGUGAGGACAUGCUGGUGCUGCUGCAGGGGCAGGCGGAGGAGGAGGAGAAGCACCUGAGGGCGAAGCUCGAGGAGUGUGGGCUUGGUGAUGGGGAGGGGGGGAGUGUGGCGGGUGCAGUGGCAGCAGUGGUGCAGUGGCAGAAGGAUGUGGUGGCACUGAGGGAAGAGGAGCAGCACAUGCAGGUGGGCGCUAGGCUGGGGCUUGAAGGGGUGUUCUGCGAUGUGCAUGAUUUCUGUGUGCUUGUAGCUUUGCACGCAAGGAUCAAGGCUCUGGAGGAGCAAGGGGCAGAAGCAACCAAGGGCAUACAGGAGAGCGAGGAGAAGCUGCACGGGCUGCAGUGGCGUGUGCAGCAGGCGGAGAGCAGGAGGAGGGAGCGGCAGCAGGUGGUGCGGGCAGCGCAGGAGCGACUGCGGGGGCUGCUGGAGCAGGCAGAGCGGGUGGGGGAGCGAGAGCUGCCGGCCCUGCACGGCACCCUUGCUGCGCUGCAGGCACGGAUGCAGCGACUGCAGGAUCAGCAGCAGGAGGAGGCAGGAGGAGGAAAUGGUGGGACGGGCAGCAAACGAGGUGGUGAGGGGAGGGCGAAAGGUGGCCGGUACGAGGCAUAUGACAGGGCAGCAAUGGAGCUGAUGAGGACACUGCCCAAGGGCAGGCUGAGGGGGCGGCUGUGUGAGCUGGCUCGAGUGGAGGGGCACGCUGCUGCUGCUGCUGUCAACAGCGUGCUCUCCCUCUCCUGCAACCUCGCUGCCACGUUUGUGACGGAGGAUCGGAGGACAGCAGCAGCAGUGGUGGGGCACUUUGAGCAGCACCGCAUAGGCCUCGUGUCCUGUGAAAUUCUGGACGAGCAGUCGGGCCAAGCACUCCCCACUCCACACCACCACCACCAGCAGCAACAUCGGCCAGCGGGAGACCUCGCCCCACCGCACCCUGCAUCACUCCUGCCCUGCGUCCCCCCUCCCCACCUCGCCGCCCCCUUGCCCUGUGGGGCGCAGUGGCUGCUGUGUGCGGUGCGCUGUGCGCCAGGGUGCCAUGCAGUGCUGGCGCGGCUGUGUGCGUCAUGGCUGCUGGUGGCAAGGCGAGAGGACGCUGUCAGGCUGCUGCCACUGCUGCGCCAGAACCCCGCUUGGAGGCGCUGCAGUGUUGUCACUGCUGGGGGUGAUGUGUUUAGACAGGAUGGCGAGGUGAUCCGAGCAUGCCUCUCCCCUGCAAUGGCCCGCUACCACCUUGCGCCACUGGAGGGCGCUGCUGCUGCUGGCAGAGAGGGGAGGGCUGGAGAAGAGGCAAUUGAGCAGGCAGAGAGAAAGCAGAAGCGUGAGGAGGCGUUGCAGCGAGCAGUGAGGACGGUUGAGGAGGAGAUGGGACGCGUGCAGUGUGCUAUAGCAGAGAAGGAGGCGAGGGGGAAGCAGCUGUGGGUGGAACGGGAGGAGUGUGAGAGGGAGGUGGAACGGUUGAUGGCUGAGGGGAGGAGAGAGGAGGGUGGGGAGGAUGACGGAGUGAAGGUACAGACGAAAAGCGGGAGGGGCAGGGGCAAGAGGAAGGAGGAGAAGAAGUUGACGGGGGGUGGUGUGGAGACGUUGGGUGGUUUGCAGAGGGAGGUGGAGAGGUGUGAGGCAGAGAGGGAGGAGAUGAGGCGGCAGGUGAGGGUAGUAGCAGGGCAGGUGCAGGCGCAGAGGGGGAGGCUGCUGGACGUGCAGAGGAGGCUGCAGGCUGUAGUGGCAGAGGUGGAGGGGGGGCAAGGGAAGAAGCAAGAAGGGAGGUGUGGCAUGGGAGUGGCGGAGUGGAUGGGCGACGCGGAGAUAUCCGCGCAUGCAGAGAGGGUGGUGCGGGCCAGGCGAGCAGUGAAGGACGUGGAGGAGAAGGCACGGGAGGAGAGGGUGGAGCUGGCGUGUGUGCAGCAGUCGCUGUGUGCUGUGCUGCGCACUGAGGCCGAGAGCCGUGCGGAGGCUGGUGAGGAUGCUGCUCUUAACACUCGGGUGAAGCUGCAGGCCAGUGCAGUGGAGGCGAGGCAGCAGCUGGCGGACCUGGCGGCAAGGCUGGAGCGAGCAGCAGUGCUGCUCAAAGAGUGCGGGGGGAACGAGGGGAGGAGCACAGGUGCUGGUGGCAGGGGAGAGAAGCAGGGGAAGGGUGGACGCAGCCGGAGAAGGCGAAAGGUGGGUGCAGGGAAGAAGGGGAAGGGAAGGAAGGGGGCUCGGAAGAGCGGAAAGAAGGGAGGACGCAAGGGGAAGGCAGAGGAUGCAGGGGAAGUGGUGAAAGGAGAGGGGCCCGUACUGAGAAGGUCAAGCAGGCUUCAGGCGGCAGGAGAUGGGGCGAGCAGCAAGCGCCGAGGGGGCUUGGAGAAAGGGAAGGAGGGUUCAGCACAUCGCAAGGGCAAAGGAGAGGUGAAACGCGGAAAGAGUGCAAGAGAGCAGACGGACAAGGGUGAUUCGAAAAGUGGAGAUCAAAGAAGGGCAGAAGGGGGAGAGGGGUGCAGUGGGCGAGGGAGAAAGUACGGAAGGGGGAGAGGAAGAGGUGGAGGAGGUGGAGGAAGAGGGGGAAGAGGAGGAGCAGAUGGAGGGGGAGGAGGAGGAGGAGGGAGAGGAGGAGGAGGAGGAGGAGGAGGAGGAGGAGGAGGAGGAGGAGGAGGAGGAGGGGAGGAGGAGGAGGAGGAGGAGGAGGAGGAGGAGGAGGAGGAGGAGGAGGAGGAGGAUGAGGAGGAGGAGGAGGAGGAGGAGGAGGAGGAGGAGGAGGAGGAGGAGGAGGAGGAGGAGGAGGAGGAGGAGGAGGAGGAAGAAGAAGAAGAGGAGGAGGACGAAGAAGUGGAGGAGGAAGAGGAGGAUGAGGUUGAGGAGGAGGAGGAGGAUUCUGGUGGUAUGGAGGGCGAGGAGGGUGAGGAGGGCGAGGAGGGUGAGGAGGGCGAGGAGGGUGAGGAUGUGGAGGUGUUUCCCUGGAGGAGUGCCAUAGACGCAGCGGCACUGCAGGAGGACGUGGGGUGCCAGAGGCGGCUGGUGGCGGUGGGGGAGGAGGUGCAGCGGGUGGAGGAGCAGGCGCGCAUGCAUGCAGUGCGGCGCGAGGAGCUGGAGAUGCAGCGCUUCACUCAGCUCCGAGGGGCGCUGCUCAAGGUGAAUGAGAACCUGUCGGCCAUCUACUGCCAGCUGACCCGCCAUGGGGAUGCAUACCUGUCGUUCGUGGACGAGAAGAGCCUGCUCUUCUCCGAUGGCGUGCACUUCCAUGUUCGGCCUGACCGCCAGUGUUGGCGGCCGUUUGCCUCGUUGUCCGGGGGGCAGCAGGCGCUGGCAUGCCUGGCGCUGUCGUUCAGCCUGCAGGCGUCCUUCCCCUCGCCCUUCUAUUUCUUUGAUGAGAUUGAUGCAUCGCUGGACACCAAGCACGCCCUGCAAGUGGCGCGCUUCAUCCAGGCACAGCAGUCAGCACAGUACAUUGUGGUAUCCCACCGCCCCCAAGUGUAUGAGCAAGCGCGUGCACUGGUGGGAGUGUCGCCGUACGGCGUCAAGGAGAACGCGGCUGCACUCGCGCACAUGAACGCGCUGCGCAAGGGCAUGGCGGUCCGCGAGGCGCCAGUGGCAACCGGAGCGCAGCACCGCAUUCCCCUCGAGCCCGCCGCGAAUACGUCGCGCGGAGCCGUCGCGCCGGCAGAAGCCCGGCUUCCCCUCGACCCGCCUGUGCAGAGCGGCGAUCAGAGCGCGCUGACGCCCCCCGGCGAAGUCAAUCCCGCCGCUGCGGCUUCCCCCGCUGUCCCCGGCGGCGACGGCAGUGACAUGAUUACGAUGCGCACGGCGGGAGCUGGAAGGCUGGAAGAGGGGAGAACGUGCGGGGAGGAUGAGAAGACAGUUUGCGGGACAGAGGAGCACGCGCGGGAGCGACAUGAAGGAAACGAGGGGGAUGCGCUUGAGUGGGCGCGGAACGCGCGAGAGGGGGAGGGCGCGGCCGCGGAGCCGAAGGAGGCGGGGCCGAGAGGGGAAGGGCGGCGGUGGAGUUUGGACGACUUCGAGGUGAUUCGACCGUUGGGACGCGGCAAGUUCGGAACCGUGUUCAUGGCUCGCGAACGAGAGAGCGGGCGCACGGUGGCGCUGAAGGCGGUGAGCAAGCGCGAGGUGCGCGAGGAGGGGCUUGAGGAGCAGCUGCGGCGCGAGAUCGAGAUCCACGCGCACCUGCGCCACCCGCACGUGCUGCGCCUUUACGGCUACUUCUACGACCAGGCGUUCGUGUACCUGGUGCUGGAGCUGGCGGCGGGCGGCGAGCUGUACCGCCAGCUGCGCGCGCGCACCAGGCUGCAGGAAGGGCAGGCCGCCAAGCACGUGGCAGGAGUGGCGCGCGCACUGCUGUACGUGCACGAGCGUGGGGUGGUGCAUCGCGACAUCAAGCCCGAGAACCUGCUGCUCUCCCAUCAGGGCGAGGUGAAGCUGGCGGACUUUGGGUGGGCCACGCGGACCAGCGAGAGCAGCACCUGCACCACUGUGUGCGGCACUCUUGACUACCUUCCCCCUGAAAUGGUGGAGGGCGAGCAGCACGGGAGGGAGGUGGACGUGUGGGCGCUGGGCGUGCUGCUCUAUGAGCUGCUCGUGGGCUGCCCGCCCUUUGAGGCGCCCCACAAACUGAAACAUACAGGCGCAUAG